GAUUCAAACUGCCCGGAGCGUGGAGCGAAGGGCGUUGAGUGACAGCUGCUUGGACCAAUCGGAGCUUUCUUUCACGCGCCGGUGGGAGAAGGCGGGAGUUUCGAAGCGAGGCCGGCUUGCCCGACGGGGCGAGUGGAGCCGGAUGUAGUGUUUCAUCCUGAACAGAUCCAGUGCCGGGCAUUAUUAGCAAAAGAAAAGAGCUGGAGGUUCUCCAUUCUCCCAAUAAUGCUGACAGAUCUGGUGGCUGUUUUGCUGAGCUUCUUGCCAGUGGAAGAUUUGUUCUGAGGAGUCAGCUCUGUUGACUGACUGGUGACAUGGGGGCUUCUGAGAGCUGCCCCCAAACACCCACCUGUAACCCUUUGCUGAACAAGCACCUGGCUCAAGUCAGUGACCCCCGGUCGCCCACAGCUGGAAUCCUGAGAACGCCCAUAGAGGUAGAAAACUCCCCCCAGGCAAGUCCCCUGUGUCUUCCCAGUGAAAAUGGUUUAGCUGUCCACAGCCAGAAUUUGUCCUGGGACCCCCGUUCCCCCACACCUGGUAUCUCCCGCACCCCCAUGAAAGACGUGGUAAAUGAUACCAUAAACUGCCCAGUGAAGCAGCUGAGUGAAGUCUUUAUGGCAGAGAAUGAAGAGGAACUGCUUCUAGAGGAAUUAUGUCAUCCAGACCAGAAGCCCAACAUUGCCUCUGUUUUGGAAACAGCCCUAGAGGAGCAAUCUUCCCUGGAAGCAUCACAAGAAAGUUCACUAUGGGUAGAGGAGAAAAAUGAGCAGCAGACCCCCAAUGCUUCUGUUGCAGCUGCAGCAAGACCAACUCACCUUUCUGGUGUCCUUCAGCCUACAGGAAGCAAGCCAGCAAGGCGCAGAGCCAAUAGCAAAAAACUGACCAUGUCAACAGGUGCUGGGCGUUCCCCUCUUGGUGUCCUGCUGGAUGACAACUCCCCAAAUUCUCUUGCUUCUCUCCAGGGCAAAAGGUGCCUUUCAGUGGCAGACAGCCAAGAAGACCGCAAAGAGGCAGUAUUAAGCUCUGGACGAAGCCUGAAGGCAGGCGCCUGUAACUGGCAGUCCUUGAACAAAGAGAAUCGGCAGUGUUAUUUGGUGGAAAAUUAGGCCCUCUUCAGAUGCUCCAGGGAUUGCUGAUCUCUGGCAGGGAGGCUUUGAAGACUCAUGAGUGGAGAUGUCCUUUCCUUCUUGUUCCUUCUGGCUUAGACUCGAAAGGGAAUUACCUGUAUAUAUAUAUAUAUCAUCUCUGGUUCCUUGUUUAAAUUGAACCGAUUGUUGCAUUUAGCUAUAUUUUUAGAAUGCUUUCUCUGCAUCCAAAUUUUGGUGUCUGUCUGGAAGGAAAAUAAAUGUCACUACAGAAUGAGA